AUGAAGUUCAACCUCGCCGCAAGCUUCCUUCUCGUUGCCUCGGCGCUCUCGAGCCCUGUCGCCAGCACAGAACCUACUUUUGACCGCGUGAAACUCGCCGACCCUCAGAACUGGGUCGCCGGCAUCAGUCUGUUCCCGAGCCAAAUCAUCGCGGGGUACAAUGCCAAGCUCGACGAGUAUACCGCCCAACAGUGGGCCGACCAUGUGCUGGCCGAGUGCAAGAAGUUCCGGGCUUGCACCUCUACCGUCUCGUUCGCCGGUAAGCCUACACCUCACUUCCCCACAAUUGAAUUCUCCUACACGAACGAUGUGGUUGACAUGACAAUAGCCGAUAAUUCAGGAGACGACGGGGGCAGGUUUUGGUUCGGCUACGUGUUCCGGGGCGGUGCUACGACUCCCGCCAGCUAUAAGCGCUCGAAGAACGGCAACGUAUCUGAUUCGGUUGCCUACACGGUGGUUUGA